AAUCAAUAAUGAUGAUAGUGAUAAAUCAGAUCUUGAAAUAUCAGAAGCUACAACAAACUGUCACCAAAUAUAUUCAACUACAAUUGUCUCUACUAAUUUAGCUAAUAAUUCUUUACAAAAUACCCAA